GACGUCAAACGAGGCCCUGAAACUUAACCAAACCUGCUAUCAGUUUUUGUGAAUAAUCUAAACUCGAAUAUGGUGGUCUUGAACCCAAUGGUUUCAGUAUACGAAAAGGUGGAAAUGUGGGAGAAUUACUCAUUUUACCAACGCUUUGGUCGCAGAGAGCGACAUUGGACUUACCAACGUUACUUGCCGAAACGGUUCCCAGUUUUAUUCAAAACAAAAUUUGGAAUACUUUACUUCCUGGUGUUUUUCGUGUUCAUUUGGAAAAUCCUCCUUUGCUUGAAACGGACCUCAAAAUGUCAGAAGUUGUUGCUCGUGGUUGGACUGAACGUGGAAAGUGAAGUUUGGCGGUUCUAUGAUGAAUCGUUCCGAUAUUCAGACCCAAGUUACUCCAAGGCCAUUGAACAUUUUCUGAUUGGUGUCGACCCAAUCAACGUCUGCUUUUUAGGAUUCGAACUCAAUCCUUCAUCUUCGAGGAACGAAAGUGGUCAUUUGUCCCAAAAGCUUCAGAAAUGUGGCUUGAGUGGCAAAUUGACCCAUGUUAAUGACACAAAUUACCUGUUUCAUUACUUUGAAAGGCUUUUUCGUCGGGACGUUUGGCAAGAGGUGAGCCCAAAUGACAUGGUAUUGAUUGUCAGACCAGGUAGAGGGGAUCAAAAAUCGAUUAAUGGGAUGGACGUUCUCUCAAACCAUAGCAAAGCUGUGGACAAAUUCUUCCAUCACGUUUUUGAAAUCUACCCACACUCAGAGUCCAAUAUAGCAUCGAUGCCAAGCUUGGAUUGGACAAAUACGGCUAAAAAGUUGUCAUUGGACGACAUCUCCUCAAAAGAACAAACUGUUUGUAUUGACAAAAAGAAACCACGAUAGUUAAAUAAUAAAUCACUGACGAAACGGUA